CUUAUAUGGAGUACGAGUAUGACCUCUACCUCAGUGAAGACCCUGAGAUCGAUGAAGGCAGGUACAAGGAGUAUCAAGAGUCCUCAGGCCCACUCAGGCUUAAGAAGAACAACGAAUUUCCCAAAAUAAUUAGGAAAAGUUUCGAAGAUAGCCUCGAUAAUAUUCUGAAUUACGACAAAAGAAAAUACCCAAAAUAAAUUAAUGAGAAAGAUCAAGAAGACUAAAGUUUCAACUUAUCGAAAUACUGAGAUGAAGGACAUAUUGAAGAAGGAUGUCGAUAGGUAUCUCUCCAAGGCAUCUAAAAAUCGUAAGAGAAACUUGUCUAUUGCAGAAAUUCAGAAUACUCUUGGUAGUAUCCCUCAUUAUUUGAAAAAUGCAGAUAAGAAAAUAGCACUCCUGAAUAGCUCAAUUCAGAAGAAAAAGAAACAAAUCUCUACGGGCCAGAAGAACGAUGAGAAGAUGUCACGGAUCAGCAUUCUUUCAACUCUUGGUAACAUAAAAUCCCCGAUUUUAAUCAAGAAAGCGGUGUAUAACCCUCUUGAAACCCAGAGCUCGAAGCGAGCCAAAAACGAUGAAAAAUUCCCUGAGCUGAACACUUCAGCUUUUAAGAAGAGGAAGCCAAGCCAUUCGAAAAAUGAGGGUCAUAACCAUUUUUCAUUUAAGAAAAAUUCUGCAUUGUCAGGCACAAUUGGGGCUAGAAAAUCAAAGGUGAAGCUUCCAGAUCUGAACACUCCUAAGGAUGAUGCAAGGGGAUUCCAGAAAUUCAGACUUGCAAUGGAGGACUUGAAAUCCUCUUACGAACCCCCAUCCCUCAGUAGUAGACAAAAGAGAGUUCUUGAGAGAAUUGCUGGUGAAGAAGCUGAGCCUGUAAAGGCUCCAAAACCUACUCCGAGAAAAGAGGAGGUCAUCAACCCACCUAGCCCUGAAAAAUCUGUGAAGAAGGCGAAGCCUGAGGAAGUGCCCAAUGGUAAAGAGACUGAUUGGAUAAUCCCAACUGAAAGGAUCAAGAUGGCAGUGGCUGCUUAUAAGGAAGAAAUCAUUAAAAAUAGAAAGCCGUUACAAGAGUCUCUUUAA